AUGAUCACCUACAUUCUGCUCGUAUCAAGGCAAGGGAAGGUCCGUCUCUCAAAAUGGUUCACGACGAUGCCGCAGAAGGCGAAAGCCAAGAUCGUCAAGGACGUCACUCAGCUCGUUCUUGCUCGUCGGACACGGAUGUGUAACUUUUUGGAGUAUAAGGACACCAAGGUCGUAUACCGGCGCUACGCUUCACUGUUCUUCGUCUGCGGUAUUGGAUCGGCAGACAACGAAUUGAUCACGCUGGAGAUCAUCCAUAGAUACGUCGAAGUACUUGAUCGGUACUUUGGCAACGUGUGCGAGCUCGAUCUUAUCUUUAACUUCCAGAAAGCCUAUGCAAUACUGGACGAGCUGAUCAUUGCAGGAGAACUCCAGGAGUCAUCAAAGAAAUCAGUGCUCAGAGUGGUGACGCAGUCAGACAGCAUCGAGGAGCAGGAAAACAGCGAAGACACGAUGGCUCGACUCGGCAGCCUUGGCUCAAGAGGCAAUUAG